GUCUCCACUUGGUGCCAAGGCUCAGGGGAGACACAGCCCAGCCAGGCCCCAGCCCGGCUUCCCGGGCCCACUCUCUCUUCUUUCCUUCCUCAGAGCACUAGGGGUGGCCUGAAGUCGGAGAAAUCAGUGGAGCAGCUCACUGAAUGCGACACAGACAAGGACGGGCCUGCAAGGGACAUCUUUGAUGAAUUAUUUGCGGCAACUCCAGAGAAAGUGAGCUCUGUGAAAGAGGCUAUGCUGAGUUUUGUCAACCAGAAGCUGGAGCGCCUGGGCCUGUCUGUGCGGGAUCUGGACACCCAGUUUGCAGAUGGAGUCCUUCUGCUCCUGCUGAUUGGACAGCUGGAAGGCUUCUUCCUCCACCUGAAGGAAUUCUUCCUCACUCCCAGCAAUCCUGCAGAAAUGUUACACAACGUUACCCUGGCAUUGGAGCUGCUGAGGGACCAAGGCCUGCUGGGCUACCCCAUCAGCCCCGAGGACAUUGUGAACAAGGACACGAAGAGCAUUUUGCGGGUGCUCCACAGCCUAUUCUCCAAGCACAAGCUGAAAGCAGAUGUGGAUGGGGUGCCCGGUGGAACCCCAAAUUAACAUUGCUGCUCCCCCACCCCAAGCCGGGUCUCAGGACCCACGCUCUGGGCCCCGUGUCCCCCAUCUCCCUCCCAGCCCGGCCGCGUCCCGCGCAGUGAGUGCCUUUGAACCAGGAUGGGUACAUCUGCUGUGA